AUGAAUUUAAAAAAUGAGGAUGGGAAAAAUAAAACUGAAUUCUUUGUAUGUGCUGAUAUAAGUAAGAAGAAAAUGAGAAAAAUUAUAAUUACUACUGAUAGAAAAAAACAGAAAGAGCUACUUAUUAAGAAUUUGAACAUUAAAUUUAAUAUAAAUAAAAAAGAAAUAAAGAAAAAAGAAAAAAUGAUGAUACCUAUUGAUAACUUUUUACCAAAAGAACUAAAUAAUGAGAGUAUAAAUGUAAAAAAAAGUAAAAAUGAAUUUGAAGAUUUAGAGUAUUUAUAUAAUUUAAACAUAUUAAAGAAACAAAAAAUGAUAAAAAUUGUUUAUGAUUUUUUCUAUAACAUUUUACUUUUUUGCAUAAAUAAAAAUUUGUCCCUUGCUGAAAUAUCCACGUUUUUAUCUAUCAAAAAAUAUAUAUUUUUUAAAUUUGUAAAUGAUUGUCAAAAUUUAAUAAACCUUUUUUUAGAUUUUAAAAAAAUAAUGCUAAGGCAUUCCAUUAAUAGAAUACCUUAUUAUGUUAAAGUAUUUUCCUAUUCUUCCUUAGAAUUAUUAAUAAGAUAUUCAUUAAAAACAUUCUUUAAGAAUUUUUAUCUCUAUAAAUUUAUUUUUAAUCCAACUUACAAAAUAUAUUUUGAAUGUAUUGAUAAUAACUCUACUAUUUGUGAGAUGGAAGAUUUAAAAAAUAAUGACAUCAUUUCCUACAGUUUAAAUUCUCCUGAUAACAUUAAAUAUAUUAAAGAUUUAAUUAGACUCAAUGUUGGAUGUGUAAAUAAUUUAAAAGCAAAAGAACUUAAUGAAGAUGUUUUCAUAAAAGAAUUACAAAAAUAUUUUGAUAAAUUUAAUAUAAAAAAUGAUUAUAUUGUUUCAGAAAUAAAUCAAUUUAAAAAAGAUAAAAAUCUCGAAAGAGUGUUUAGGCAUAUAAAGAGUAAUCAUCCUAAUGAAAUAAAUUCAUUGAACGAUGAAAAAAAAGAUGAAGUACAUGAAAAACUAAUAAAUAAAGAGAAAUUGAUAAAAAGGGUUGAUAAUUUAUAUAACGACUUAGAAAGUAGAAUUGUAUCAAGAUUAAAUAAAUUUUUAUAUAAUGAAAAGAAUAAAGAUUUAUGA